UUGUUUAUUUCUGUUCAGUGACAUGCAGAAAGCGUGCGCAGGCUCCGUGGCCUCAGUUUUCUCCUCUCUGGUCUUAUGUCCCACUGAGCUGGUGAAGUGCCGACUGCAAGCAAUGCAUGAGAUGGCCACAUCUGGCAAGAUCGCCCACAGUCAGAACACAGUUUGGUCAGUGAUCAAGUCCAUUAUGCAUAAUGAUGGUCCUGCAGGGUUCUUCCAGGGUUUAACCACUACAGUUGCCCGUGAGGUGCCUGGAUAUUUCUGUUUCUUUGGAGCAUACGAGCUCUGUCGCUCUCUCUUUGCUGAGUACAUGCACUGUGGCAAGGAUGACAUAGGUAUGCAAACAGUUACAGUUUCUACACGUUAUGAAGCCAGCCGCAAAAUCAUGAUGGCACAGUUUGACAGCUAA